AUGCCGUUAUCAUACAACAAGUUAGACCCCAGUGCCAAACAGAUCCGUCUUUUGACUAUCUUUCCCGAUGAGAAUGACGAGAACCCCGUUCGAGCAUCGCUUCAUACCGUAUCCCUCAACGAUACCUGCGACUUCGAAGCCCUGUCUUACGUAUGGGGCGACACUUCUGUGACCGUUGACAUCUCGGUUGAUGACUGUAUAGUCGGUGUAACACCGAAUCUGCAUGCUUUCCUGCGAGGACUUCGCCAGCCUGAUACAGAACGCACUGUGUGGGUUGAUUAUGUCUGCAUCAAUCAAGGCGAUAUCUCAGAGCGGAACUCGCAGGUCGUAUUGAUGUAUCAAAUCUAUUCAACUGCCAGGUCGGUGGUUGCUUGGCUGGGAGAUCUGGAGCCGGUAGCACUGAAGCUCGUCGAGUGGUUUCAUGCCAACGAAGAUGGGCUUUACAUCGCAAGCACCGGCCUUGGUCCUUUGGAGUCUAUACUGGUGCUCUGUGUAGCUGCUAAGGCACUGUGUGCCGCGCAGUAUUGGCAUCGGCUAUGGACAUUCCAAGAGUGGCAUCUCUCAAGAAAUGCCGUUGUAUGCAUGCAUGAAAAGACGACUUUUACCAUAGGGAAUAUCUUCAAGCAAUUAUACCAGGAGAUCUUCGUUGCCAGGAUUUUUAUUGCUUCAAUGUUAGGGGAAGCAUCAUCGGAAGCAAAUACAUACACGGAAAAUCUUUACAAGAACAUUCUCCUCCUCCGUGCAAUGCAACAAGACCUCGACAGCCUCUUGAAUAAGAUCCCUCGGGAUAUUCUGCGCCUCAACCCAGGUACCCCGUGUCCAUCUGGACUUGGAGACUUGCUAUUGCUUACGGUUGACCGGCUUUGCAGUAAUCGACUGGACAAUGUAUAUGCGUUAUAUGGGCUUUCUCCCUCGGCUAGGGAAACAUACCCUCCUGACUAUCGAAAGACCAUCAGUCAGGUCAGUCAUGAAACAACGUCCUUUGUCUUGGGACACGAAGCCAAUAUGAGUAUAUUCAAUGGCUUUGAUUUUUCUUUCAACUCUUUUAACCAGGACGACUCACUCCCUUCAUGGGUUGUGGACUUCACCACGAAGGAUCCGGAGCAUCGAGCAAAGAUGCAACAAAGCUUCUCCAAAUCAUUAUAUUUGAAUAACGCUCCCUGGAAGCCAAUUCAAGAUCUUGCGCCUAUAAUCACAGAUGAUAUG